UAAUUGCACUAAUGGUACGGGGUUCAUGUCUGAUUUCAUGUUGAAGGAGCCAUGAGAGAAGAAAACGAGUCUUCUACCACAGAUUUCACUCUCCUAGGAGUCACAAGGCAGCGGGAGCAGGAAUAUCUCUUCUUCAUCCUCUUCCUGUUCAUUUACCCCAUCACAGUGAUUGGGAACACGCUCAUCAUCCUAGCCAUUCACUUCGACAUUCGCCUUCAUAACCCCAUGUACUUUUUUCUGGCCAACCUCUCCCUUGUUGACAUCUUCUUCUCCUCUGUAACUAUUCCCAAGAUGUUGGCCAACCAUGUCCUGGGUAGCAAGGCCAUCUCCUUUGGGGGGUGUAUGGCACAGAUGUACUUCAUGAUAUCAUUGGGAAACACAGACAGUUAUAUACUAGCUGCAAUGGCAUAUGACCGAGCUGUGGCCAUCAGCCGCCCACUUCAUUAUGCAACAAUUAUGAGUCCACGACUUUGUGUCCUGCUGGUUGCUGGGUCCUGGGUGAUUGGAAAUACCAAUGCACUGCCCCACACCCUACUCACAGCUAGAUUGUCCUUCUGUGGCAAUAAGGAUGUGGCCAACUUCUACUGUGACAUUACUCCUUUGCUCCAGCUGUCCUGUUCUGACAUCCACUUCAAUGUGAAGAUGAUGUACCUUGGGGUGGGGGUCUUCUCUGUGCCUCUACUGUGCAUCAUCAUCUCCUAUGUCCGGGUCUUUUCCACAGUCUUGCGGGUUCCAUCCACCAAGGGCUUCCUCAAGGCCUUGUCCACCUGUGGCUCCCACCUGACAGUGGUGUCUUUGUAUUAUGGGACAGUCAUGGGCAUGUAUUUCCGGCCCCUGACCAGUUACAGUCUGAAGCAUGCAUUGAUAACAGUGAUGUACACAGCAGUGACCCCAAUGCUGAACCCUUUCAUCUACAGCCUAAGGAACCGAGAUAUGAAGGCUGCUCUGAGGAAACUCUUCCACUGCCCCUCCUCCUCAUCCCCCAUGUGAGACAAGGCACAGCAGACACUGUGGUCCCCAGUCAGAAGCACUAGGAAAUCCAGCUUCAAUGUCACCCCU